AUGAACACUUCCGCGCAUACGAAGCCCUUCACAAUUGCUAUUGUCGGUGGUGGAAUAGGGGGAAUCGCCCUCGGCAUCGGCCUGGCCGCGCGGAAUGUCCCCUUCCAUAUCUACGAAUCGGCACCAUCAUUCGGCGAGAUCGGCGCCGGCGUGACAUUUGGUCCCAACGUCAUCCGCGCAAUUCACAGUCUCUCACCGGCAAUGCUUCGUGCUUACGCGAAACACGUCACGACUAAUGAGUCGCCGGAACUUGCGGAUACUUUUCUGACAUAUAGAAGGGGUUGGGUUCCGAAUGGCGAGCAAGAGACUAGGAUACCGGCGAAAAUCUUCAAUCUGGUAGGAAAAGUCCAGGAAAUUGACGGAAUGGUGUUUCCUGUUAGGUGCUGUGUUCAUAGAGCAAAGUUGCUUGAUGAGCUCGUGAAGCUACUUCCAGAAGGGUCAGCAUCUUUCAAUAAGACGUUUGUCAGCUUCACAGAGAACGAAGGUGGCUUGGACGACGGCGUUCAUCUCAAAUUCGCGGACGGCUCAGCUGCCACCGCAUCUGCAGUUGUAGGGUGCGAUGGCAUCAAAAGCGCGACUAGAAAGCUCCUGCACGGAGAGGACGCCGAGCCGAUCUAUGCUGGACUCUUCGGAUACCGUGCCAUGGUACCUCGGGACGACUAUGAGAAAGUGAUGGGCAAGGAGCUGGCAGGAACUGGAAACCUCUUACUCUACCCAAGCGGAUACACUAUCGCAUACCCAGUGGAACAUGGAUCAGCUCUGAACAUGUUCGCCACAUGCGCCCCGACUGGAGAUACCUGGGAACACAAGGAGUGGCGAGUACCGUCUGAAGAAGGUGAACUCGCGCGGGCUUGCAAAGGCUUACUUCCUGGCCUGGCAGAAUUGCUACUCAAGCAUAGCAGUGGGGAGAGGUGGGCAAUGUUUCAUUGUCCACAUGAGAGACCAUACUAUCAAGGCAGAGUCUGCCUCCUGGGAGACGCUGCGCAUGCUACUACACCGCAUAUGGGAGCAGGCGCAGGGAUGGCCAUAGAGGACGCGUACACCUUAUGUGGCCUGUUGAGUUCGAUUCAGGCGCCAGCAGAUAUUGGACGUGCUUUUCAGGCGUACGACGCGGCGAGACGAACUAGAACACAAGAGAUUAUUCGUCGGAGCAAGGAGAACGUUGCCAGGUACAUGGCUAUAUCGAGUGCGGAGGGAUCUGAUCUUUUGCGUUUGAAAGAUGAGUCUCAUGCGACGUAUGGCUAUCUAUUCAACUUUGACCUGGAUGAGAGCAUCCGUAAGGCCGUUGCAAAGCUGUAA